GAUUUUUAUACUUUUUUUAUAACUACAAUACAAUAUUAUUUUAUUUUUAAAGAAAUUAUUUAUAAACUACUAUUUUUUUAAUUAUAAUAAUAAUAGUAAAACAUUUAAUCAUUUUUAUACGAAACGAGCCCAUAGACUUUAACUGAAAGCAGAUUUAAACAGUAAACGGCACCUGAAAAAUUAAUACUAAUAUUACAGUUAAAUUUACUUUUAUAUUUAUAAUAGUAUGAUGCGGAAGUUUAUUUGUACAAGAGACCAGAUAAACCUAAAAUGUGUUCUUCUAGGUGGUCAAUGUUUCAGGUGGAAAGAAAUUGCUCCAAAUGAAUACGCUGGUGUUUUUGCUGGUGGGUUUUGGACUCUUAUACAAAAUGACGAUCAUAUUGUGUAUAAACGCGUUCCGUCUACUGACUCUGAUGAAGAGAGUUUAUUUAAUUACCUUAGAAUGGAUGAAAACUUGAUUGAAUAUUAUGAAAAAUGGAGCUCGAGUGAUCCAACAUUUCAGAAAUCUGCUAAGAAGUUUAAAGGCAUUAGAAUGCUGAGACAGGAGCCAGUUGAAAAUAUAUUAUCAUUUAUUUGUUCAUCUAACAAUAAUAUUACAAGGAUUUCAUCUAUGGUCGAAAACAUGUGCAGUCUCUAUGGUGAAAAUAUAAGUGGAACACCUUAUUUUGCUUUUCCUAAUAUUGAAUCUUUAAUGGGAGCUAAGGUCGAAGAAGAACUAAAAAAAGCCAAAUUCGGAUACAGAGCUAAAUUUAUACGACAAACUGCUGAAAAAAUUGUUCAAUUAGGCGGUAAUAAGUGGAUAGACAAAUUAAAAAUAAUGGACUACAUCAGUGCAAAAAAAGAAUUAAUGUUGCUACCUGGAGUAGGGCCAAAAGUAGCUGAUUGCAUUUGUUUAAUGUCACUUGAACAUCUAGAAGCAGUCCCUGUUGAUACUCAUGUAUUCCAAAUUGCCUGUCAAAAUUAUUUACCGCAUUUAAAAAAGUAUAAAACUGUUACUGAUCGGGUUUAUAAUGAAAUUGGCGAUUACUUUAGAUCUUUAUUCAAGGUUAAUGCAGGAUGGGCACAUACAGUUCUAUUUCUGGAUGAUUUAAAAAAUUUCAAAGGAUAUGAUUCUAAUAAUGAUCAAAUGGAUAGCAAAAUAAGUUCUAAGAGAAGAAAAAAAUGUUGAAUAUUGAACAAUUUCGAUGUUUUCUUUUUUUGACCUAUUAAAAUUAUUAUGUAUUUUUUAAACCUUUUUUAAAUGUAUUUAAGUAUAACAUUCUUAAAAAAAAUAAUUAAGCCUCAAUUGUAGAAAAAUCGCUAGGAAAAAAGUAUGUAGGUUUAUUUUUGCACUCUGAUGUGUUUUUCCAGGUCACUUUUUUUGUUGAAUUAUUUUCGUAUGAACAUAAAUAUUUUUUUGUUGUUU